AUAUUGAAGUAUGAUGCAUUUUUCUGACGACGUUCAAACAUGACCAUACACUCCACGCGUGCGCAAUUCCCGGCACCCUCCCAUACCAAAGUGACCGAUGUAGGCUACUCGUCGUUUUCUGGAUUCCUUGACAGCCCUUACGCCGGAGUGAAUUCGUGUCGACUGCCCAGAGUCCGCGAAUUCAGGUCCGUCCCAAAAAACUGAUAACGCAUUCAAAAAUCAACAAAAGAAAGGACACAGCAAUACAAGAGAAAAAGUUUUUCACCUGAGGAAAGCUUGUAAGCACAAUGUCUCUGCACCAGUUUAUCUUGGAGCCUAUCACUUGUCACGCUUGGAAUCGGGACAAAACACAAAUUGCCAUCAGCCCAAACAAUCACGAAGUCCAUAUUUAUAAGAAGAGUGGGAACCAGUGGACGAAAGCGCAUGAAUUAAAAGAGCACAAUGGGCACAUUACAGGUAUUGACUGGGCCCCUAAGAGCGACCGCAUUGUGACCUGUGGUUCUGACCGCAACGCCUACGUGUGGAGCCAGAAGGAUGGGAUCUGGAAGCCCACCCUGGUGAUUCUGAGGAUUAACCGUGCAGCGACCUUUGUGAAGUGGUCGCCCCUGGAGAACAAGUUUGCAGUGGGCAGUGGAGCUCGUCUCAUCUCUGUGUGUUACUUUGAGUCAGAAAAUGAUUGGUGGGUUAGCAAACACAUCAAGAAACCGAUUCGUUCUACAGUCCUUAGUUUAGACUGGCAUCCGAAUAAUGUCCUCCUGGCAGCUGGGUCAUGUGACUUCAAAUGCAGGGUGUUCUCUGCAUACAUUAAGGAGGUGGAUGAGAAGCCGGCUGCCACUCCCUGGGGUUCGAAGAUGCCGUUUGGGCAGGUGAUGGCGGAGUUUGGGGGCGCGGGCAGCGGUGGAUGGGUUCACAGUGUCAGCUUCUCUGCCAGUGGGGGCCGCCUGGCCUGGGUCAGCCAUGACAGCACAGUGACUGUGGUGGACUCCACCAAGGGCUCCACGCUAUCCCAGCUAAAGACUGAAUUCCUUCCCCUACUAAGUGUGAUGUUUAUCUCUGAAAACAAUGUUCUUGCAGCGGGCCAUGACUGCUGCCCAAUGCUGUUCAGUUAUGAUGACCAGGGUGCGCUGACCUUCACCUCCAAGUUAGACAUUCCAAAGCAGAGUAUCCAGCGCAAUAUUUCUGCCAUGGAGCGCUUCCGGAACAUGGACAAGAGGGCCACCACUGAGGACCGCAACACUACCCUGGAGACACUGCACCAGAACAGCAUCACCCAAGUGUCUAUAUAUGAAGGAGACAAAGGAGAUUGUCGUAAAUUCUGCACUACAGGAAUCGAUGGAGCAAUGACCAUUUGGGAUUUCAAGGCACUAGAGUCUUCUCUCCAAGGCCUACGAAUAAUGUAAGGAAAAUGAAGAGGACUAGCCUGACACAGCUCCAGGACCAUGAAGACCGUUCACAUCACCUCAGGAUGUGUCAACUUUAAUGAAGAUUUGAAACGAAUGCGCACUGAGAUGGUGUCACUGUAUAUUUAAAAACGCUAAAGGGAGGGACAAUGUCAAUGAAACCAUGUGUGGAAUGUUUAUUUUCCUUUUUCUUUACCUUUUACUUCAGCUGUGAUUUAUUUUUUAUUUUUAUUCUAUACCAAAGCUGGUUUGCCCCAGUGGUGUGAUAGCAGGUAUGGCUGCUUGGCUCCUCUGGACACAGGAGAUCAUUAACUUAAAUGGGUGAUUUUAUGUAAAUGGACUGAGAAAUAAAUGAAGUACAUGUACACUA